AUGAAAUUAAAAUUAACCAACGAGGUAAGAAGCUCAGUCAACUUGCUUCAUAAAGCUCCUGUAUCUUCUGUAAAGGAAGAGCGUCGUCGGAAUGGCAGAUAUGUGGCCAUAUUAGUUGGUAUAUGUCUAUUUCUUCUUGCUAUUUACCAUGCAUGGGUGAGACGGAUACCUGUGGUAGCCAGUCUUGUUGUACCAGCACUUAUAAUGUUCGUAUAUGUUGGUUGGGUCCUGUUCACAGCGUCGAGAGAUAAACGAAAAUUUUUAGACGCUGAAGCGGCUUUGAAUGCAGCAGCAGCACAAGAAAAUGCAGAAAAUGAAAGUCACAUAAUGGAAAUAAGUCCUUCUAAUAUAGAAAUAUCGGAAACAUCUAACAAAACUAAUGUAAAAAUAGACUCGUCCAGUCGAGAAAAACCUCCAGUCUCUAGAAAGAUUGAUGUCAAACCUGAAGAAAAGACAGUCUGUUUUAUCAAACCUAUUAUCUUAGUUAACGAUAAAUUACCUGAAGACUUUGAUCAGAAGUGGACGAACCUCGUUCAGACUGUCACAACCACUGAAAGACAGAAAGGAUAUCCCAGAAGAAAGUUUAAGAGAAAGUUCUGUAGGAGCCGAAGACAUGCCGCAUUCAAGAGAUCCUAUUCUAUUGGUUAA